AUGGAGCGUAUCGCCCCGGUGAGUUAUGCGUGCUCUUGGGUACAGUGCGCGCCGAUCCUUUGCUCCCUCCCAGUGUGCGGCGCGAGCUUCCGACAGAGCUUCGCAUCGGAUGAUGUUGACCAGAUCGAUCGAUCACUGCGGACGGCGCUGGAGGGCCUCCCACGUGACAUCCUCUCUCUCUUCCCCCCCUGGCACUCUUGUGUCUCUGCUGCCCCUGAUUCUCUUUUCACAGGACAGCAGCGGGGCCAGCAGGGGCAGGAGGGGCUGGCUAGUGGGGGAGAGGAGAGUGGACAGCAGCAGCAGCAGCAGCAGCAGCAGCAGCCGCAGCGGCAGCAGCAGCAGCGUCAGCGGCAACAGCAGCAGCAGCGGCAGCAGCAGCAGCAGCAGCAGCAGCAGCAGCAGGGCCAGCAGGGGCAGCGGCAGCAGGUUUGUAGGGGAGAGGAGAGAGGGCAACAGCGGCAGCACCAGGGAGGUCAGCAGGGUCAACAAGGGCGGCAGCAGGAGGGUCAGCAUGGGCAGCGGCGUGAGGGUCAGCAGGGGCAGGCUGGCUGGGAGGAGGAGAGGAGACAGCAACAACAACGACGACAGCAGGAGGGCCAGCAGGGGCAGGAGGGGCAGGCCAGUAUGGGAGAGGAGAGAGGACAGCAAGAGCAGCAGCAAGAGGGUCAGCAGGGGCAGCAGCAGAAAGGUCAACAGGGGCGACAACAGGAGGGUCAGUGGGGCCAGGCUACUAGGGGAGAGGAGAGGGGACAGCAGCGGCAGCAGCAGCAGCUGCAGCAGCAGCAGCUGCAGCAGCAGCAGCAGCAGCAACAGCAACAGCAUGGCCAGCAAUGGCAGGAGGGGCAGGUUGGUGGGGGAGAGGAGAGAGGACAGCACAGCCAGCAACAGGAGGUUCAGCAGGGGCAGGAGAGGCCGGCGAGUGGGGUAGAGGAGAGGGGACAGCAGGGGCAGCAGCGGGAUGGCCAGCAAGGGCAGGUCGGGCUCUGGGUCCAGGGGGCGACCCAGCCCUUGGGUGCGGGCUGGUUCGGGGAGAGAGGGAGAGAGGAGGUGGCGGGGGACACGACUGCGGGAGCGCGGGGGUUAAGAGGGGAGGGUAUGGAGGGGGGGGAUAGGGCGAGGGUGCUGGGGGGUUUGGGGUUGGGGAGAGGGGAUGGGAGGAGGCAGGUGGGUGGGGGAGAGCGUAGAGAGGCAGAGACAACAAGGGAGGAGGCACAGAGGGACCAGGCACAGCAGCAGCCAGUACAGCAGCAAAGGCAGGCUGGACGCACAGGCCGCAUAGGGGCACCAGCCCGCAUUCCAGACCUGACUUGCCGCGAUAUAGAAAAAACUUUGAUGGUGUUGGUAGACGUCUCCAUUGCAGAUCCACAGCAACAGGGGAAUACCGGGCUUAGACGAGUGGCCCCAGUGCAGAUAGGUAUUGCAGCAGCCAGACGACAAUGGGACAGCGCCUAUGGGCUGCAGGCGGAGAAUACAUUCCCCCCCUCCGCCAUCUCGCUUCCCCCGGACGUCCCCCCCGCGCCCCACCUGGAGGACUGUGAGGCGCGCACAGCCUUCCGCCUGUCCACGGAGAAAUGGGGGGAGCGGGGGGAGCCGCUCUACUGGGCUGUACCCAACCCUGCAUGCGGCAACGUGCCCCAACCCCCCUGGAUCCGAGGCUCCGAUGCUGCCAACCUGGCAGCCACCCGGCAAGCACAAGCUGACAUAUGGCGACAGCAGUUCCCGCCCAGGCAGUGCAAGGGGCGGCGGGUGAUGGUGGUGGAGUGGCUGAGCAUGGGGUGGCACGGGAUAGGGUCGCAGCUGCACGUGAUGGGCGCUGUGCUGAGUGCCGCCUUGCUGCACAACAGGACUCUCGUGCUCGUGCCCGGCACUCUGCCCCAAGCAAACCAUGAGGAAUGCGAGAAGCUGGGCCGCCGCGGGUCGCUCGACUGCUACUUCUUUCGGUUUUCAUCCCAGGAGUGUGAGGCGAUCGCUCUCAAGGCACGUCAGGCCUGGCAGGCUGCUGAGGAGAGGAAGCAGCAGGCUGCUGCCGAGGAGAAGGAGAGGGAAGAAAGGGAGAGGGGAGAAAAAGAGAGGGAAGAGAAUGGCAAGGGAGAGGAGCAAGCACCAGGAGGAGGAGGAGGCAGUGGUAAAGGAGGAGCGAGAGAUUCAAAGGAGGAAGGAGGGGAGAAAGUGUCUCAUGCUGAUAAUACAACUGAUGGUGCUGAUGGGACUGGUGAUAAUAGCGAGGAGUCCAAAAGAGACGUGACAAACGAGGAUGUGAUUGUAGCGCAGCCGUGUGACGGUGUGGGGUGUCUGGGCUCGGAUGCUCUAGUGAUCUUCCCAGCAACGCCGGGGUUUGGAGUGGAUGGAGGGUCGAACUUCAUCUCCCAGCUAAACGCAUCCGCUGCAGACCUCUGGGGCAAGGCGUAUCUGAAGAGUCCACUCCCCAACGAGGUGAUGGGGCGUAUGGGCGAGCACACCAAGUUCCUAAAAAAGGCGCACUGGUGGAGGGCCCAAGCAACGCGCUUCAUGCUGCGGUGGCCGUCGGCCUACCUGUGCCACAUCAUCAACCGCAUCCCCUCCUUCUUUCCCUUCCCUCGCCCUGCUCGUUCUGUUUCCGCUCCCCGUUCAACCGAAGGCGCACUGGUGGAGGGCGCAGGCGACGCGCUUCAUGCUGCGGUGGCCGUCGGCCUGCCUGUCUCUCUGCCCAACCUCUCUCACUUCUCUCUCCCUUCCCCCUCCUGCCUCCCUCCUCCCUCCUCCUCCCACCAGGCGCACUGGUGGCGAGCCCAAGCAACGCGCUUCAUGCUGCGGUGGCCGUCGGCCUACCUGUGCCACAUCAUCAACCGCGAGCGCCACCACGUGUACGGCAUGCACGUGGCACGCCAGGUCGUGGCGUCCCGCAUGGACCAAACAAGCCUGCUGGCAGAGUCCUGGGGAAGCAGCAAGGUCACUAAAGAGCGACAGGAGCUUGGGGGAAGUGACGAAGCGUCUGAGGAGAUGGGAGGAGCUUGGGUUGAAGGGAGGGACGGCACCACUUCUUAUGAAGAGCGGCAUGGUCUCAAGAGCAGAGAUAAGUCCCCUGCGUUGCCUCAAAAAUCUUCGGAACAUUUUGACGGAUCGGGAACGAAGGAAGAAGGAGGUUGGAAGGAGGAGGAGGAGGAGGAGGAGGAGGAGGAGGAGGAGGAGGAGGAGGAGGAGGAGGAGGAGGAGGAGGAGGAGGAGGAGGAGGAGGAGGAGGAGGAGGAGGAGGAGGAGGAGGAUGAGGGAGAGUGGGGUUGA